AGAGCUUCAGUACCAGCGCUUCAGCCGCUCCAUGCGUUUGUAUAUUUGAUGCUCCGCGUUAUCACCGCUGUUCAAAAUAAAAAUCCUCAAUCACAACAAAUAAAAUAAAUUUUUAAAUACUUCAACUACUCGAUCGCCCCUUCAAUUUGACUGACAUUUGCUGGUGUGGCUGAAUUAUCGAGCAUUAAUCCUCUCCGCGAUUUUACUCCGCAAUUCCCUCGAAUAUUGAAUUACAGAAGCUGUCAGUUAAGAGUGAACCAUCGCACCGAUGAUAAUCGGAUGGAGGGAAGAAAAUAAAUCCGUCAAAGUGUAUUAAUUUCUCGUCUUUCAUUCAACACGAAAUAACAAAAUGAAAAAUGACGGUUAAUCGACGGUAAAAUCGAUCAUGCGGUGAAUUAGUGACGAGUAUUAGUGAUUUUAGUUUAUCUCAGUUGCAACAAGUGAUAUUUCACGCAUUAUUGUGCUCGAGAGGAUUAAAUUCGUGGAGUGAAUUGUUUAUUUUGAAAAUUUUGGACAAUUCGAGAUAUUUCGCUGAUUUUUUUUUGCUGUUAUUUUUUGGUUUUUUAGUCUCUGAGAACUCGUGGCAAUUUACGGAGAGAUGAAAAAUUGAGAAAUACAUCGGCGUACGAGUGCUCUCAACGAGAUAUGCUUCCGGGCUUUCGUACAAAACGAGUCCUUGGAAGUGCAAAAAAUGAAGAAAACAUCGUAGAAGGUUUGGACCGGCUAGAGUAAGACAGGAGAUUUAUUGCGGAGUCGGUGGAUGGGAUUCUCUGGCUUAUUCGCGUCGCCCUGACUAAUGACACUGGGUGGAGAUACCGAGAAUAGGGGUAAACGCAUGGACGAAACUACCGAGGAAUAGAUUUGGCUGAUCACAACCAAAAUAUCCACUAACCAUUAGGACAUCAGAUGGACCCAAUGAUGUGUGAUUUUCUGAUCAACAAAAUCACGGAAUGUGUCGUGAUAGUGAUUGUUCAUGUAUCGCGGGUUUAACCGGUGGUGGGAAAAAAUAUCUCAUAAAUAAUUCAUUAAAAGUUGAAUGUGCGAAUGUCGGUUAUUGUGAAUGUGGGAAGAAGAGCUGUGGAAGAGCGCUGGCUGUGCAGUUAUCAUCAUCGUCAUAUUUAGGAGGAAGAGGUGGUGGAAAAUUGUGCGAGAACACGAGCGGUCCACAUUCGGCCCGCCACCCUGGCGGUAUGGUCCUUUGGGCCGCUAUACUAUUCCUUCAUGGAGCUGGAUUCGUUGGAUCGAUGACAGGUAUUCCUGGCGUACCAGAAAACAUAACUGUCAUGUUUCUGAAUCCAACAUCAGUAAGAGUAUCCUGGAGCACCAGCCAGGUCGACCAAGUGGAAAAGUACGAUGUGACAUACAAACCAACCGAUGCAAGGAAUUUUACUAUUGACAGGGAAGAUUUCAGUGACAGGAAUGAAACCAUCGAUCAGUACUAUGAAUCUUACAAUGAAACAUACAACGAAACGUUCAGCCUAACAUACUACGAACCGUACAAUGAGACGUACGAUGAAAGGAACGAUACCAGUGACAGUUACAGGAUGGUGCGGUUGGUCGCAGGGAACAGCGACGCUGUCACACUCAGCGAUCUCCAAGCUGACACCCAGUACCAAUUGGUGAUCACAGCUGUGAGAGGAGGCAAGAAAUAUCGAAGUCGACCGAUCGUCUUCCGUACACUCGAGCCACCACGAACCUCUCCACAGCAGGAUGCAGCAGUCACAGGAGGUCCCAUACCACCGCCUCCACCAUCAUCACAACAGCCACAUGCUUAUAUCCAAGUACGUGGAGUGGAAGUUGGGAUAGUAGUGAUGGUCUUACUCGUAUGGGCGGGUGCGAUAGCCCUGUUCUUCAACCGAUGGGGGAAGAUACGUAUGUUGUUACCUUAUCAACCGGACUACAAGGAGCAACUCAAAGUACCCGGGACUGGAGUAUGCACAGCAGCAAAUGCUGCCUGUACACAGCACUCUAGUCAACAUGCCUGUUCACAGGUGAGCCGAAGUGCGGAGAGUCUUGCCGAGACGUCAGAACCGAUUGCACAUUUCAAUCAUGAAAAUCAUCUCCACUGGUCGAGCCAUCGCGUGGAUUCCCUGGACAGCACUGGUGGAGCUGGAGGUAUGGCGUGGCCAAGAGCCUCGAGGCCUCGAGUCAACAGUGCCAUCGACGUUGCUGGCUUUCUGUCCCAGGAAUUCCUCCGACGUCACGGCUCUACAUCCCGUCUAUGUCGGAAGGUUCGCAGUGCAGAUAAUUUGCCCCUAGCAUCAUCUGGCCAUCAGGAUUGCGAACAAACAAGCUGUCAUGAUGAGUGCAUGGAGAUGGACAGAGAGAGGGACAUAUUUCUGCCGAGAAAGAGUGAGGACGAUGAGAAAUUUGGUGAGACUGACUUCGAGUCGAAGAGACAGAGCAGCUCAGAAAGUGGAUCAAAGGAUCACACUGAUGCACCCCUUAUUGAAUCCUACCAUCAGCAAUCCACCUCCAGGAGCACCACUCCAGGGAACAGCACAACAACGUCCAUCUCAGGAGUAGGAAGACGAUUUGGGGGCUGGAGAUUUGGAGGUAGUCAUGAAUAUGUCAGAUGUCCUGUUCGACAGCCAGCUUCCAUAGAUGAAAGGAUAAAUCGUCGUUCCUGCGAACCAGAUUUUACAAGAGUCAAACCCCACCACCCACGUUAUUUGCACCAUUGCUCAACAGACACCGACAGUCACUCACGAAGCUGCGAUUACACAAGAUACACGAUAGAACCGAAUAUCGAGACCCAGCACUUUGGUCUGCCAAUUCUCAGUGUCAGUGAGCCAAGUCCGCCGGAUGAAAAAAAUCGCCUCGAUGAUUAUUUGUAGGAGUCGCUUGACGAGGACGUCCUCAAGGAGCUCCUCGUUUAGUCCAGCAAUUACCCCUCAAUUUUUUUAAUAAAGAAAGCUGGUGUUUAAAGUCAAUGAAUCAAUGAUCCAGCAUUCGAGAGUUAAAAUUCAGGGGAUACAUCCACCGGAUUUGGAAAAUUAUUCUGCGGAUAUACCGCAGUUGUCAGGAGAUUUUAUUUUAAAAAAGAAGACAAAGUCUACAACAGACGAAUCUCCUGACGAAUAUUCCCUAGACCUCUUCCUUCCAUUUGCAGAUAUUUUUUUCAGUCAGCAUUGAUUGCUUCAUGCAAAUAGUCUACCUCCAUGUGGUAAAGUCAAAAAAUAUCCAGACAGUUAAAUGGAGAGAAGAUGGAAUUAUCUUAAAAAAUAUUUUAAUGGUCAGCUAUUUGUGUCGAAUCAAUAACUGCAAAAGGAAAGAGAAGGAAACCUUUUCCCGAAGGACCUCCACGAACGAUCAAUUUUAUCGAAAAUCGGUCUGUAUAUAGUAGUAAAGGUGUAUGAAACAAGAAGGAUACAAUGACCGGUGGAAAUACACGGAAAUAACGCGACUUUCGUCAAUAAAAUCUCUGAAAUUUCAUUAAAAUCACUGUUGAAAAUAAUUGCAACCCAUCACAUCAUUGCUCACGUUAAUUUUAUGAUGAAAUCAACAAAACUCUUCCGUUUAGUAAAAUUUAAAACUGCUUUUUACAGCCAAAUAAACAGAUACAAAAAAAUCCAUCAUUUCAACAGGGAAAAUAAUUAUUCCUAACGAAUGUCUGUUGAUUAAAUUAAAAUGUCACCUACAUGGCGCAUCUAAAUUUGACAAGAAUUCAUUAAUCAUUCCCAAAUUUCUGAUAAUUGGUCCAUGUGAUGGACAAACUGGUUCAGAUGAAUUUUGUAUGCACAUAAAAUUUUCAACAGUGAUAUUGCACAGAGGCCUAUAAAUAUCGAACAAAAUUAUCAGAAAGUUCAAUUAUACUACUCCACUGGGAAAUAUAUGUAUUGCAUGGUUACAACUUCGCUGCAUCAAUGCAAUUCUCCGUCCCCUUCCCCUUUAAACAAAUGUCAUAUGACAGCGGAUAAAUGCGAAAUAAUUAGGUCAAAAAAAUUAAUGCUGGCUAUUUUCAUCUCAAUUUUUUUCUGAUAACAAGUAAUGAUUAGUUUUUCUUAAUCAUUUUUUUUCUAAAUUCGCCCGGAUAUUUCUGCGGGAUUUCAACCGAUCAACUCAUCUUUAGCACAUUUAUAUAAUAUGAAAACCCCUUUGAAAGGAGAGGUAUUCGGUAUUCUUACAGUUUUUAGAAACUAAGACUACUGACACUAAAUUCUUUAUAUUUAUAUAAUAUAGAAACUAGCAUCUGCUCAAGGUAAAUAAUUGAUGUAUAGACUGGGUCCACGUAUCAUCUUAUAACAAUCAAUUCAAUCAAUUUUUAAAGCCGUAGCUCCUUUAAUUAUCAAUAUUUUUCAUUUUUUAUUUCGGAACAUUUUUGUGUGGCUACUAUUAAAAAAAAAAUGAGACAAAAAUCGUUAGUACCGUUUCUAUUGGCCUACUAAUUUGGCAUAGAUCUGUGAAUGUAUAAUAACGUAUUCGUGUAAUAUGUGUGAUAAACUACCGGAUAAAGAUAUACGAAAAUAAUUAAUAAUCGAUAAAGUGUACCGUUAAGCCCCUUCAUCAAAUGUAUAUUUCUUCAUGAUUCACUCAUUGGUUUGCAAUUCUUCAUAAUGAACAUUACCUUAUCCCUAGCAUAGCUAUUAAUUAUCAUAAUGAAGAAAAAUAUCACUUCCACAUUUGUACAUUUAAUCGCAAUUUUUUUGGUAAUAUAAUUGAACUGCUUAACCCAGUCAAGCGGAGGCAUCACUGGUGUGGAUUGAUCAUGUAGAAUUAAUGCAACGAAAUCACGCAAUGAAGAGUCAAUAUUCGGAGUGCUGAGAUGACGGCAGGAAAUUAAAGUGUUUCCUCUUUAUAAGUAAAAAUUUUCUAAGCCUAUAGCUUUACAAAUUGAGACCAAAGAUGAAUCAAACUAUUUAUGUACAACAACUUGACGAUUUUGAUGUUACUAAAUCUACAGAGAUAGACAUAACGCGAAUAUUAUAAAUAAUUCGUCAGUCAUUAUAAGUGGACAUAGAUGAGGAAAAUCAGAACUGAAAUGGUAGAAAGUGAUUGUCCAGGACUCGAACGAUCUUAUAAAUAAAAAAAUAGAAGUACUGCUUUUGUGGGGAAAAUUAUUCUCCGCGAGGAAGAUCGUUCGAUAUUUUCUCGUUAUUAAAACAACACUCGUCUGUGAGGAAAAACUACUAAUCAACAAGUUUUAUCAUUUCUCUACUUGAAUAAUCGAACGAAUUUCGUAGGGGAAAUGAAGCUUAUGUGUUUUGAAGUAUCUUCUACUCAUACUUUUUGAUGUAAAUAAUUGUGGCAUAUCUGAAAUGACUAAUAUAUGAUGUAUCAAUGGUAAGAUGGUGGAGAAAUUAGCACAUAAGAGAAUCUAUUCCUGACGGAGCAUUAGAACCGAAAUAUUAAUUAAUAUAAACGCAUAUUAUUACAUGGACUCUUCCAGAAUGAAAUCAUCAAACGAAUUCAAAUGACGGAAAUGGAUUAAUUUGGAAAUGCGUAAUUAAUUUAAAUAUCUUCAGGGGAACAGAUACUUAAACUAUGUAGAACAAAGACCAAGAAACCGACCUUAAUUAAAUUUAAAGAAACAUUAGCUAAAUGACCACUCGAUGUCCACCUUUGCGACAUCAGGUUUAGAAUUUUUCAGGAAUAAUUAAUUCCACGACAUUUUUUGUCCUCCCUUUUAAUACAUAAUUACUUAUGGUUGGAAGGAUUUAUUCGAUGAAAUAAAUAAUUUCUCAUGGUUUUUCAUGCUGUUUAUUGUUUUUUGUUAUUUAAUAGUGGAUUUUAAUUUCGUUAAUGAUAAUGAUUCCUCUCAUUCUUACAAUUUUUUACAACGGUAAAUAAUUUGUUGCUUCACCGAAAUUGAGUGGGACCAAGGGAAGAUUGAAUAUAUUUAGAAUUAGAUGAGAAAUUAAUAAUAAUUCUGAAUCACAAAAAACCAGCUCCCAAGAGCAUAUUUAAAAGCGGAAAUUUUUAUUCAAAAAUUGAAACUAAGUGUAAACAGUUGUCUUGAACGGAUUAAAAUUAACUAAAAUUAUGGCUUUCAAUAUUCCCAAAUGUAAAGAAUGAAAGGAAAAUGUUUAAAAAUUUUUUAUUUAAUAAUGUUCCAACUAUGAAUUAUGAUAUUGCAGAUUUUUUCCUUAUAUUUGUAAAAUUAAGAAAUAAAAGUGCAAAAAAUUGUCUUUCGAUCUCGAAGUAACAGAACAUAUAGUUGCCGUAAAGCAUUCGACCCUCAACGAGACAUAUACAACUUCUAUAUUGAUUCCUUCGAGACUCAAUAAAUAAUUCAAGUGCCCACUCGACAUUAUAAAGCCUCCAUAACCCAAAUACCUCUCGCUUCCACUACAAUCCAAGUUCAUGUAACACGAUUCAGAAAAUUAAUUUAAGCAGAAAAAACGACGUAAAAAUUUUGCUUUGUUACGUAAUAUCAUGAAAAAUGACACUGAAAAAUUGACGCCAAAGAGAAUUAGAGGCUCCGCAGGGUUUUAUCCUUUGGCUAAUGUUCUCAAUUUUCUUUGUAGAAAGACUAAUGACCUGUGUCAUUUGGCAAUCAACUGUAAUAGGGUUGACAAUAAGGCGCUUAUGGUUGUCUUGGUCCUAUUCUUUAUUUAAUUUUGGGGAUUCCCCAGCAGGUGUCCCAUCCCUCCUCCUUUAAUACCCUACUAUUGCAUAAUGAAGUAUUCCAUACCAAAUAAGGCAACAACUGACCCUCUCCCUUUAAAAAUUUUUUCAUUACUCAUCGAAAAUUUUGGUUUAUAAAUUCUACGCACCACUGACGCCAUUACAUUUACCUAAUUACUAACUUACUAAUUACUUGGAUGCAACACUAUUUUUUGUACUCAUGUGUACCAAAAUGUGUAUUAUCGGCAACAAUUUUAUCAUACCCGAAAUGUUUCUGUAUUGCUAAUGUAUCUACUUCACUGAUAAAAUAGAAAAAGAACGAAAAACUGAAUAUGAGAACAAAUCGAUAUUUGAAUAGAGGAUUUUAUGUUCCUGGAAGUCUAGCAAUUUGGGUCUGAAUGCAAAAUUUUAAUGUAUUUUUUUAUUUUUUUUAAAUUAAAGAAAAUCAUGAACGUCACAGUAAAUUGUAUGUGUGGGCAUUCGAAUCACUCAUUUUUCAUUAUUAAAAAAAAAUAAAAAUAUACGUAUAUCAUAUUUUUCUUUCGACAUUCACUUCCAAUACUAAAAAAAUUGUCAUGUAAAAUUCCAAUGACAUUUUUUUAUUGCUGUUCACUUUUUAAAAUAACGAUGAUGCUGAGCAAUUUAUUCCUAAACUAGUCUUACCCUAAAGAUGGAGAACGUAACGUACACAAGGAAAUUGUGAGAUUAAAAAGAGACAUCUAAAUAGUAUAAUAAUGAUAUUUAAUACUAUGGCAAGUAUUGGAGAAAUGUACUCCGAUAUUUACAUUAAAUAUAUCUAGAUCGCUCUAUAAAAAUAUGAUUUGAAAAUUGCACAUUAUAUACAGAUUUCUUUCACAGCCAUGUGAAACAUAAAUUCGCUUUUAAGAUCA